AUGACUAGGUAUAUGUUCUUGGCGAUCUACUCGGCGGAGAUGAUGAUCAAGACAGUAGCCAAGGGCUUCAUCCUGAACAAGUACACAUACCUACGCAACCCGUGGAAUUGGCUGGACUUCGUGGUGAUUGUGUCCGGCUACGUCACCACCGUCAUAGAGCUGGGCGAUAUGGACCUCCAGCUGGGGAAUUUAGCGGGACUUCGGACCUUCCGUGUGCUGAGGGCGCUGAAGACGGUGUCUAUCAUGCCUGGUCUUAAAACCAUCAUCAACGCCCUCCUGAACAGCAUCAAACAGCUCGUCGAGGUCAUGACCCUGACGGUGUUCUGCCUGAUGGUGUUCGCCCUGUUCGCCCUGCAAGUGUACAUGGGCAUCCUGAAGAACAAGUGUGUCAAGAACCCGACGACCAACCUUACCAAUGAGGAGUGGAGUGUGUGGGUGGCUGAACCUGCGAAUUGGUACAAGGAAAACGGAACCGACCACCCGAACUACGGCGAGCCCAUCCUCUGUGGGAACGCGACCGGGGCGAGGGUUUGUCCGAAAGGCUGGAGCUGCCUGCCCGACGUGGGAGACAAUCCCAACUUCGGCUACACCAGCUUUGACAACUUCCUGUGGUCCAUGUUGACUACUUUUCAGCUCAUCACUCUCGAUUUCUGGGAGGACGUGUAUAAUAAGGUGAUCGCCACCCAGGGUCCUCUACAAGUCGGGUUCUUCGCCAUCGUCGUCUUCUUCGGCUCCUUCUACCUCAUCAACCUGAUGCUCGCCGUCGUGGCCAUGAGUUAUGAGGAGGAGGCGGAGAACACGGAGGAGGAGAAGACCAAGGACCUGAUGGACCACCGCGACGACUCCACCUUCAGCUUCGACCCCGAGAAGCUGACGCACGCGAAGCCGCUGGAGAAGAAGAAGCCGAAGAACCGGCGUGUGAUCGUGAUGCGGCGCGGGGCCGGCAUCCUCACCGACGCCUUCGCCAACAAGAAGAAGAAGAAGCGCGAGAAGGAAGGGAAGGGCCGGGGGAGUCCCUCGUCCGAAGACACCCCCAAGCAGCCGGACGCGCCCCCGACCACGCCGCGGCUGGGGGGGUCUCACCUGGGGGUGCUGGAGGGCAGCCAGCCGCUCUCUCGGCCCGCGUCGCUCGUCAUCACGCCCCCGCCCUCCGCCUCGCCCGCAGCGCCCUCCCCGCACCCGGCCUCGCCGCAGCCCUGCCAGGGGGACGGCCACCGGGGCCCCCCUGCCCCCGAGGGGGACGGGGCGCCCCCCGGGGGCGGGGAGGGGGCGCCUCGCACCGGGGCCUCCUCCUCCUGCGACCCAUGUACUGCAGCUUCCACCCGCUGUUGCACCUGCCACUGCCACACCAGGCAGCACGCAGGGGGCGCCGCGCCCCAGCAGGGGAUCGUGGCCCUGCGGGGGGGCUGCGAGGAGCCGCGGCCGCACCUGCGGCUGGGCUACAACGCCUCGCACCGCCAGCCGUCCCUCGACGACUCGGGGGUCGUCGGGGACCACGACGGCGCCGACAACAUCUCCAUCCACCACCUCCCGCACAUCGUCCAGGAACCCGUAGGCAAAGCCGAGACGACCCUCUACGCCCGCCGGAAGUGCAACGGCGUCAGCCCGUCCUCGCCAGCUGCCCUGUCAGCGUCCUCCCAGCACAUCGUCGUCGUCGAAGACGAGCUCGUCGACCGCAACUGUGACAAAUGCCGAGAGUGUUGCGCAAACUACCGCACGUGGCUCAAAGUACAGAACGUCAUGCACGUGAUUGUUCAUGACGCCAUCUUCGACCUGUUCAUCAUGCUGUGCAUCAUCCUGAACACCAUCUUCCUCGCCAUUGAACACCACGGCAUGUCGGUCGAGCUCAACAAGGUGCUGGAAGUCGGCAACAGGGUGUUCACCGCGGUGUUCACGCUUGAGUGCAUCAUGAAGAUCAUGGCGCUGAGCAAGGAGUUCUUCGUGAACAGGUGGAACGUGUUCGACUUGGUGAUCGUGCUGGCCUCGCUGCUCGACCUCGGCCUCGAGAUCGGCUCCGGCCUCUCCGUCCUCAGGGGCAUGAGACUGCUGAGAGUGCUGAAGCUGGCGCAGUCGUGGCGGACGAUGCGUGUCCUACUGAGCAUCAUCGUGUCCACGCUCGGCGCCCUGGGGAACCUCACCUUCGUCCUCAUCAUCAUCAUCUACAUCUUCGCCGUCAUCGGGAUGCAGCUCUUCGGCAAGAACUACAAUAUUGACAACUUUCCCGACGAAGUGCCGAGGUGGAACUUCAAGGACUUCUUCCACUCGUUCAUGAUGAUCUUCCGCAUCCUGUGUGGAGAGUGGGUGGAGCCGCUGUGGGACUGCAUGCGGGCCGAGAAGAGAGAGGGUUCGGAAACCUGCCUGGCCAUCUUCCUGCCGGCGCUGGUGAUGGGCAACUUCAUGGUCCUGAACCUCUUCCUCGCUCUCCUGCUCAACUCGUUCAACUCGGAGGAGCUCAAGUCACGCCAGGACGACAUGGAGGAUGAGUCUCGCGUCCUGCAGCUGUUCAUCCGGAUUCGGGUGAUUGUGGAGAGCCUUUUUCAACGCAACAAGAAGGACGACAAGGAGGGAGGCGCUGACGAAGGCGACGAAGACGGAAGGGGAGGCUUCGAGGACGAGGACGAGGAGAAGAAGAAGAUAAGGCUGGACGAGGAGGAGGGGAAGCUGCCGCUGACCCAGGGCGAUGACGCAAUGCCUGACAGGGGCGUGGUCAAGCAGGCCAUUAGCGAGCCCGAGAUCAGGACGCGGUGUGACGAGGAGAUGACCUCGGAUGACCCUCACCUGAUGGGCUACAAGCGAAUGACUGUUGCAGUCAAGAAUCGCCUCAAUAGUGAAUUAGCUCUCCAGCCUCAAGAGAACGGACGCUUGCAGAAGAUUUUGAUAAACGGAAAGAAAGUUAAAUUUCAAGGUGAGGAGGACCGGACUGAGAUCAUCGAACUCCUCGACUUCCGCUCAGACCAGCCGCAGUUCGCGCGCUGCGGCGGCCGCGCGGCCCAGCGCCGCAACCACGAAAACGACCUCCGCGACUUCUCCUCGCGAGACGCCUCCCAGGAACGCCGAUACGACGACCACCGCUCGGAAGACCGCCGGCAGGAGGAACGCAGGUCCGAGGAACGGCGCCCCGAGGACCGAAGGGGCGAGGAUCGGCGGUCCGAAGAGCGGCGGGCGGACGAGCGCCGCCUCGAAGAUCGCCGGUCUGAGGACCGCAGAGCCGAUGACCGGCGCCUGGAGGAGCGGCGGUCCAUGGAGCGUCGCGGCGAGGACCGACGGCCCGACGAUCGCCGACUCGAAGAUCGACGAACCGAUGAACGUCGCCAUGACGAUCGGCGAACGGAUGAUCGGCGAACAGACGAUCGGAGAACGGACGAUCGGCGAACAGAUGAUCGGCGAACGGACGAUCGGCGGCAUGACGAGCGCCGAACUGACGACCGUCGCCUCGAGGAUCGGCGGACCGACGACCGACGGUCUGAGGACCGCCGCGUGGAUGAGCGGCGCCUGGAGAACCGGCAUUCCGAAGAGCGGCGCUCCGAGGAACGGCGUCCCGACGCGCUCCGGCUGGACGACCGACGCCCCGAGGAACGCCGCUUCGAGAACAGACGCUUCGACGACCGGCGUUUCGACGACCACCGCUUCGACGACCGCCGCUUCAACGAGCACUUCGACAGCCGGCGGCCGGAGCAGCGGCGCUCCGAGGAGUACUCGAACGACUUCCGGCCUCCGUACCGCCAGAGGGAGUACCUGCAGCGGUACCGGUCGGCGCGCGACUACCGCCAGGAGUACCGGCACUCGGGCGACUUCCAGAUGCGCGACUUCUCGUCGGACAGGCUCUCGGAGGAGUUCCUGCAGGACUUCCGCCAUGCCGAGGAGUACCGGCCCAGGGAGUACCCCCUCGACUCCCACUCCAUCGAGUACCGGCCUCGCACGUACACGGACGACUACCACCGCUCGGUAGACUACACCUCCUCCAUGCAGGACUAUCCGCUCGAGCGCCGGAUACGAGACUACCUGCGCGAGUUCGGCUCCGGGGACUUCCGCCUGAGGGACUACCAGAACGACUUCCGGUCGCGGGACUACUCCUCGGAGUACACCCGCCUCUACCGGACGGGGGACUACCCGUCGCGGGACUUCCACUCGGACUACACCGCCACGGACUACCACAGCAGGGACUACCCCCUGGAGCGGCGCCUGCGGCUGUUCUCGUCGCACGGCCGCUCGUCGCUCGAGCUCCUCCACGACCGCCGCUCCGAGUACCACCAGCUGCGCUCUGACUUCCGCCCCGACGACUACUCGCGCGUGUACCCGCACAUGUACCGCUCCCGCCGCUACCGCUCCGACGACUACCCCGGCCGGGAGUCACCGCAGGACUUCCGCUCCAGGGAGUUCACGGACGAGUACCGCCCGAGGCUGUCCCCGGUGGACUUCGGCAGGCGGGACUACUCGCCCGACUACCUGCCCCGAGACUAUUCCAGGGACCUGUGCACGUCGCACGGCUACUCCAACGAGUUCCGAACCAGAGAAUACUCGGAUGAUUACCCUUAUAGAGAGUACCCUCGAGAUUACCACCCUAGAGUGUACCCCCGUGAGUCCCCCCCAAGGGACUACCCCCACGACUCCCCACCCAGAGACUACCACCGCGACUCCCCCCUUUCAGAAUACCCCCAUGAAUCCCCAGGGAGGGACUACCCCCGGGACUACUCCAACGGAUUCCCCCACGAGCACGACUACCGCCAGCUGCCCUUCCCGGAGACUAACCUGUCCGAGGCUACCAAUUAUAACGAGGACAGCGUGUCUGAGGUGAACCUGUCCGACGGCAACAUUCCCAAGAUGAAACUCGAUGAGGAUUUAAUGCAGUGUGGUAUUGAUUCUUCCAAAAUUUGUCACGAGGUACCAGAAUUGAUCAGCUUCCAAGACAUGCAUCGGUCGAGCUCAAAGGAUAUUGACGCUUUACAUGACGAGGUCUUCGAUAACCCUCAGGGCAAAGACACAGAGCAGGAAGAGCCACUGGGUAAUGGCGGCCCGAAAGCCAAGCAUUGGCAGGCGGUGAAAAAGGACAUGCCCAUGUUAAACAAGACACAGAGUUGGAGUGCUGUGGCCAGCUAUGUGGGCACCAUCACUACAGGCGAGAAAGACGACGACGACCCGCGGUUCAGAAAGGCCGAGAUCGUGUGCAAGGAGCCUCCCGACUGCUUCCCUAAAAAAAUCUUCAACAAAAAGUGGUACAAAAUACGCCAGGCCUGUCUCCAUGUUGUGGACAGCCCGUACUUUGAGUGGUUCAUCCUCAUCAUGAUUUUCGCCUCUUCUGUCACUCUGUGUUUUGAGGAUGUCCACUUAGAUUCAAAAAAGGAGCUUAAGGAGGUACUCUCCUACCUGAACCUCGCCUUCGCCAUUCUCUUCACCCUGGAGAUGAUGAUCAAGUGGGUUGCCUUUGGUUUCGUCAAGUACUUCACCUCCGUCUGGACGCUCCUGGACUGCUUCAUUGUCAUGGUGUCACUCUGCAGUCUCUUCGUGGAGCAAGAUAACCUCAUUGCCCUUAGGAGUCUUCGGACGCUGCGAGCACUGAGGCCCCUUCGCGCUAUUUCACGUUGGGAGGGGAUGAAGAUUGUGGUGAAUGCACUUAUGUAUGCCAUCCCGUCCAUCUUCAAUGUGUUGCUUGUGUGCCUCGUCUUCUGGCUUAUUUUCUCCAUCAUGGGCGUGCAGAUGUUUGGGGGGAAAUUUUACAAGUGUAUUGAUCCCGUUGAUAGAAAAAUCCUCCCAGUUGAGAUUGUAAACAAUCGAAGUGAUUGUGAAAGACUAAACUACAACUGGACCAAUAGCAAAAUAAAUUUUGAUCAUGUGGGUUAUGCCUAUUUAGCCCUGUUUCAAGUGGCAACCUUUGAGGGCUGGAUGGAGGUGAUGGCAGAUGCAGUUGAUUGCCGUGGGAUAGACAUGCAACCGGAGAGAGAAGCCAACAUUUAUGCCUACAUUUACUUUGUUAUCUUCAUUGUGUGCGGUUCCUUCUUCACACUCAACCUCUUCAUUGGUGUGAUCAUCGACAAUUUCAACGCACUGAAGAAGAAGUAUGAGGGCGGAGUGUUGGAGAUGUUCUUAACGGACUCACAGAAGAAUUACUACACGGCAAUGAAGAAACUCGGCCGCAAAAAGCCGCAGAAAGUCAUCAGAAGGCCAAAGCAUCCGUACCAUGCCAUCUUCUAUGAUAUUGCUGUGUCUAGAAGAUUUGAGAUCUCCAUUUUUGUGCUGAUCUUCCUAAACAUGGUGACGAUGGCCAUUGAGCACUAUAACCAGUCUCGGACGGUCGACUUCAUACUCGAUGUCUUCAAUGCACUCUUUACUACAAUCUUUGGAUUAGAAGCCAUAGUCAAGAUCAUUGGCCUGCGUCAUCACUACUUCACGGUACCUUGGAACCUGUUUGACUUCAUCCUGGUGUUUGCAUCCAUCAUGGGCAUUCUCCUCCAUGAUGUCCUCACUGACUUCCCCAUCAGCCCAACACUUCUCAGGGUAGUCCGCGUCUUCAGGAUCGGACGCAUUCUACGUCUUAUCAAGGCUGCAAAGGGGAUAAGGAAGUUGCUGUUUGCCCUAAUAGUGUCACUGCCGGCACUGUUCAAUAUCGGUGCAUUGCUGUUUCUCAUCACCUUCAUCUACGCAAUCAUCGGAAUGGCGGUGUUUGGUCACGUGCAGCGGAAGGGUGCUUUAGAUGAUCUGGUCAACUUUGAGACUUUUGGCAGCAGUAUGAUGCUUCUCUUCAGACUGAUCACUUCUGCUGGCUGGAAUGACGUCCUGGACCCUCUCAUGGCUCGACCUCCAGACUGCGACGUCACUUACAUGAACCAGCCCAAUGGCAACUGUGGCCACCCUGUGAUCGCCAUUGUCUUCUUUGUGUCGUUCAUCAUCAUCAACUUUAUGAUUGUGAUUAACAUGUACAUUGCUGUUAUUUUGGAGAACUUUAACCAAGCACAUAAGGAGGAGGAGAUUGGCAUCGUGGAAGAUGACUUGGAGAUGUUUUAUGUUAGAUGGUCCAAGUAUGACCCACAUGCUACACAGUUCAUCAAUUUCUCACAACUCUCCGACUUCAUCUCCAGCCUUGAUGCUCCCUUUGGCAUCCCUAAGCCGAACACUGUUGCCCUUGUGUCCUUUGACCUGCCUAUAGCCAAAGGGGACAAAAUCCACUGCCUGGACAUCUUGCACGCCCUCACCAAGCAUGUACUGGGACAUGUGGAGGAGACUGAGGAGUUCAAGAGACUCAAGAUGCAGAUGGAAGAGAAGUUCAAGAAGCAGUUCCCAACACGCAAGGAGCUUGAGAUCGUAUCCUCCACGCGUCGCUGGAAGAAGAUGGACUCAGCUGCUAAGACCAUCCAGAUGGCCUGGCGAGCCUUCCUCAAGCAUCGGCGAGAGUUGGAAAAGAAGAAUUUACUCCUAGAGGAGGCACAAACACAAACCUCCUCUCCGGGAGGGUCGUCUAUACGCUCUGGUUUCAAGAGGGUAUCAACCCUAUUAGCAGCGGUACCAAUGCCCAUGAGUAUGCCUCGCCGAAGGUCUGUCACCGUCCUCCAGGUGGAUGGGGAAAGAUCUAGGCCUAGCUCACGCCGUGCUUCCCGCUCUUCUGUGAACGAGACGUCUCCCCGCGGGUCUCUCUUCUUCUUCCCCAUCUCACGCCGCGCCUCCAGAGCCUCUGCCACUUCCGCCAACUCAGGAGCAUCAUAUCCAUCACUCGUGUCUGUGCAGAUACACCGCGUUGCUGAUCGGGAGUCUCCUCGCGCCACCCAAGGGUCCACAGAAGCCCUGAACACAGAGGCCAGCUGACGCAAGCCUUCUUCGGGCCCACCUUGAUGCCCUCCCUCACUGUAACCGGUGCCCACCCUCCCCAGCUGUAAGCUAACAGCUUCUGAAUGAGUGCUGUUGGCUCAUUACUGAUGGUUGAUAGCCUUCAGUUGAAAGCUGAUGGCCAACAGUUGCUUGGGUUCUGCUCGUCUCACCUGAGCGAGUCUGACCCACAUGCUGCCCGGUCACUCCUGCCUGGCUGGCCUUAGCCCAGUCUAUUCCUCAAAGCCCAACUGUGAGGCUUUAUGCGCUACGAGUACCCAAAGGAGAAGAGAAGGAGCACUUUGGUUGCUCUGACUGUUACAACUUAGUAUUUCCAUACGUUCCUGGAGUCUUUGUCAUGUUUAUCAUUGGCACUUGUCCCAAUUAGAUAUGAAUUUUUUUAAGACCAGUUUAAUGGUGUAU